UAACUAGCGGUCCGUGGUGACGUCAGACGCUGCUUUCUUUCUGCUCCGGGCCGAAGAGACAAGUGUCCCAAACUACUCCACGACUCUUUACCGACCGAUCACCAGCUGCUGCCGCGGAAAAAACAACCUGAAAAUGGGCAACUGUCAACCCACAAUCGUGCACUACGAGGAUUUUGACGUCGUAGCUGACAUCAAGGCCAUCCGCAAAGCCUGCAAAGGGUUCGGAACUGAUGAGCAGGCCAUCAUUGACAUCCUGGCAAACCGAAGCGCAGCUCAGCGUCAGGACAUUAAAAAUGCCUAUUUUGAAAAGUAUGAUGAUGAGUUGGUGGAUGUGUUGAAGAAGGAGCUGUCAGGGAACUUUGAGAACGGCAUCCUCGCCAUGCUGGACCCGCCCCUGAUCUUCGCUGUGAAGGAGCUGAGGAAGGCCAUGAAGGGAGCGGGCACCGAUGAAGACGUCCUGGUGGAGAUCCUCUGCACCGCCACCAACGAUGACAUCCACAUGUUCAAGGAAUGCUACUUUCAAGUGCAUGAGCGUGAUCUUGAAGCAGAUAUCGAGGGAGACACAAGCGGGGAUGUAAGAAACCUGCUCAUGGCUCUAUUGGAGGGCAACAGAGAUGAGAGUUACGAGGUGGACGAGGAGCUGGCGGAGCAAGAUGCUACCUGCCUCUUUGAGGCUGGUGAGGGUAGUUUUGGAACAGACGAGUCCACUUUCAACUACGUCCUGGCCUCCAGAAACUACCUGCAGCUCCAGGCCACCUUCAAGAUAUACGAGCAGCUCUCUGGAACUGAAAUCCUGGACGCCAUCGAGAAUGAGACUUCUGGGACACUGAAGAAAUGCUACGUAGCUCUUGUGAGAGUUGCUAAGAACCCUCAGCUCUACUUUGCCAGACGGCUGAACGACGCCAUGAAAGGAGCGGGCACCGAAGAGGACACCCUGAUUCGCAUCAUUGUGUGUCGCUCUGAGUACGAUUUGGAGACCAUCAAAGACUUGUACCUGGAGAAAUACGACGUGUCUCUGAAGGAGGCCCUGAAGGACGAGUGCAGCGGCGACUUUAAACGCCUCCUACUGGCUAUCUGCCACUGAAGGUCUGAGAGUGAAACAGGACGGUAUGGAGGACAGAAUCUGACUAAAACAGAAAUAAAUUGAUAAAUGACUCGAAAAAUACAUGAAUAUGUCAUUAAAUGUACAAAAAUGUAUCAAAAAUAGAUGUAGGCAUUAAUAAAUUGAUAAAACGUGACAAAUAGAUUUUUCUUAUUUAUUUAUUUACUCUAUAUGAUGCAUAUAUAUAUAUAUAUAAUGAAUAAAUACAUUUAUAAAUAAUAUUUUUUAAAUAAAUAAAAAAUAGAAGAGUAGAUAUAAAGGGGAAUUAAUACAAAGGUUAUUAAAUAAAGAAGCAAAUUAAAACAGAAAUAUUGAUUUAUCACAUUUUAUCAAUCAAUUAAUGCCUAUCUUUAUUUUUGAUAUUAUACAUUUAAAGACAUUCUAAGUUAUUUACCGAGUCGUGUAUAUUUAUUUUUGGAUUUUGGCAGGUUUUGGACGUGGACAACAGAGGCAGAGACAGCAGAGUCUACUGAGGGCGCUGCUGUUUUCUGUCUAACAAACUAAUUACUACUCUCUCCAUGUGACAUAAUGUAGGGAGCAGGAGGGUGGAAGUAAUGGAACGAUUAACCUGGCUCGUGUUUUGUCUGAGUUACUGUUAGUGUGGGUGGCUCUCUUUUUAAACUUUUUCCACAGACGAUAAUUACGAAUUUCCGCAUUUAACCGAAAUCAAACCUCUUUCUGUGUCUGUCAAUUACUGCCCAUUUCUGAGUCAAUUUUGAGCUCCAGAUCUAAACACAUUUACCAGCAUUUACACAGUUUUAGUCACCGUUAACAAGCACCAAGACUUCUACAUUUCCAGGAGCCAUCUGUAGUCACACUGACGCCAUUACACCGAGUGUUUGUACACUCUGGUGAAGCUAUUGCUCCAGUAUGUUUCUCUGCUGCUUCAUGUAUUAAAGUAAUGAGUGUUACACUAUCACCAUCAUAUAAGUAUUAAUCUGUUUGUUUUUUUCUAUAUCUUUCACCCUCCAUGCCCCAAACUCAGUGACUGUUAUGUUUCACUGCUGUUACAACUAAUGCAAUCAGUCCAUGUGGCUUGAAGUUUGUGCUUCUAAAUGAAGAAAUGUGAACGUUUGAAAUGAAGGAGUCCUAGUUGGCGUCGAGAAGGACAUGUUAUGCGAGUGGAUGUUAUGAAUUGUCUGGGAGAACGAGAAAAACUUGACAAAUCCAAAAUACAACUCACCUCGUUAUACAUAUAUUUUGUUUUGUACUUUACGACUAACACAGUAGAGUGUUUUAAUAUAUAUUAUUUAGUGUACUGUUUAGGCCAGAGGGUAUAUGAGAAGAAACCUGUAAGAAACAUUUAGCAUCUAGACAGUGUGAUGUCAGUUGUGUGUUUCUAUAAGGCAGCUGAGAUUUGUUUAAAGUACCAAUAUUGUGUACUGAUGUACAUGAGAUAGUUGCAACAUGGGCAUCAGUUGGACUAGUGUUUGUCUCUCUAUAGCCAAAGAAUUUUAGUCUAACUGCAAAUAAAGUUCCCUAUAACAUCA